UUUUGUCUAAGUGCCAAAUGUACUUAAGAGAGGACUUUUCUAAAAUAAGAAACAAAAGUAAGAGUUGUUGCUCUGAAUUCAUUUGUAAAACAUUUCCUAUAACAUAAGUUACAAUGGAAAAUGGUAUUGUAUGAAACUUUAUAACAAACAGUUUUAUGUGCAGAACCUUUUAUCCUGGUUUAAGAUGGCUGAAUGAAGUGAAUUUUGGUAUUUCUUCAUUGGUGUUUUGAUCAUUUACAGUACAUAGAAUGGGUAAUACCAGCUCAGGUAAACGUGAAAGGGGCUAUUCACUUGAUCCAGAUGGGGCUCCAUCUUCACCUGGGAGAGAUGAGAAAGCAUUUGAAUUUGGAGCAAAUACAAACAAGAAAAAAUUCUUAUAUCAGUCAUCUCUUGAUGAUAGUGAUGAUUUUGGUUCAUUUAAAGAUAAAGUGGAAGGUGAUAUGCGGCCUCGUGCGUCUACUGUAACACCGGGUGCCUCCAUUGAUGAGACUGCACUACCCACCGUGUUUAAGUGGGAAGGAGGAGGCAAGGAUGUCUUUAUCAGUGGUACUUUCACCGAUUGGAAACCUAUACCUAUGGUUCGCAGUCAUGGCGACUUUGUUUUAAUUUUGGAGAUACCAGAAGGAGAUCACGAAUACAAAUUCCUAGUGGAUGGACAGUGGAAGCAUGAUCCCACUGAGCCAACAGCAGAUAAUGAGAUGGGUACCAAAAACAAUUACAUAACCAUAAAGAAAUCUGAUUUUGAAGUUUUUGAAGCUCUGGCCAUGGACAGUGUCAAGACAGGAAGUGGAUCACAAGGGGUUUGUGGAUCACCUCCUGGAGAAUAUUCACAGGAGAUACCACACCAGAAGCCUUAUGAGAAGACGGCGGGACCACCGAUUUUACCUCCUCAUUUAUUGCAAGUGAUUUUAAACAAGGAUGUUCCCGUUUCGUGUGAGCCCACUUUGCUUCCAGAGCCUAAUCACGUGAUGUUAAAUCAUCUAUAUGCUUUGUCAAUUAAGGUAAUAAAAAGUUUAGUGUAUAAAUUUGUAUAUGUUUUUUAUAAAAUUUAUCCAGCUAUGCAAGAAAUAUCAAUUAAAAUUUAGAAUUGAAUUUAGAAA